CUGUUUGCAAUAAUUACAGGUGGACGCGCCUUCGAUGCACUUCGACAAAUCGAGCGGGAAACAAUACAGUGGACAACAAAGCUGCAGUCGAAUUUAGAGACCAUUGCUCACGAAAAGGGCUUUACGAUUUCCGAAAAUGAAGGAGGUGGAAACUGUAUGUUUAUUGCACUCUCAGAACAGCUUGACCAGGCCAAAGGAAUUAAAAUCUCGCAUCAAGAGUUACGCCAACGUGUUGUUCAAUACCUUAAGGAAAAUCCCAAGAUGGUAAGUAUCUUAAUUGUUUUUCUUAAAAUAAAGUAAGGACUAGUGACGAGACUGACGGGAAGACCGAAAGAGCGUUUCGUUGUAGCCUGAGGAAAUCAAGUAUUAAACGUGAAGAAAGCAUAUUAAAGUGGUCAUUGUCAACCGCAAACGAUUCCGAAAGGAACACUAGAAUGGCUUGGACUCAAGUAACUGGAUAUUCGUGUCAAGUUUGUUAUCGCAACAAAAAGUAUUAAAAUGGAAGAAAUGAAGUAAAGUAAAAGACAAGUUUCAAUAAAUUUUCACUGUAGGAAAACAGCGAUGCUUGAAGAAAUGGAGAAAAAUUGCCAAAAGAACAAAUAAUGUUAUUUAUCGUUUCAUUCAUUUUUUUUCUUUUUUUGCGCUGUUUAAGUUCUCAGCACCAUCCACCAUCCAUGCCUUAAAUCCAUUCCACUUCAUUCGUCUGCUUUUCACGGGAUCAUUUGCGGUCGACAAUUGUGAUCAUUUACGGUUGAGGAUCAUUUGUGGUCGGGUAUCAUUUGGGAACAUCGAGGGGUUGUUCCUACAGUCAUUAUUUUUGACCCCUUUAGAAGGCAGACCCCACUCUUCCAGUGUAUGUACAAACGGCGUCUGUCUUAGAGAAAACUAACAGCUUCGUAAGUGAGUAUGGUCUGCUAAUGCAUUUUUCCUUCUUUCUAGUAACUGAAGUAUUUUUUCUCUCGUACAGCGAGAUGGGACAGAACUUUUCCACUUUGUUCAUAGAUAUCCAUCUUGGGAUGCCUACCUCACAAGCAUGAUGGCAGAUGGUACAUGGGGUGAUCAUGUGAUUCUCCACGGUGCGGCAAACUGCUAUGAAAUGUGCGUCCACGUGAUCAGUAGUCUGGGGCAUGACAGUGACGUAAUUAUUUGCGAAGAGUUUGAUGUUACUGGUAGCAAACGGCUUGUGCUAGGUCAUGUGGCUGAGGUUCACUAUGUUAGUCUCUUUCCGCACAAAGGAGGUAAAGAUGUUUGA